UCAGUCCAUUAAGGAGGGAAAAAAAUGGAAUUCACAAAAAGAAAUUACCAAUUAUAUCCAUUGCUCUGAACCGAGGCGCCCUCUUCCUUCCUUAUCCAUUUUCUUCGCCCUCGAAAUCGAAACAAUGGCGGCGCUAAAAGCUUCUGCGAUUCCAACAAUCUCUGCACAUCCUUAUUCCUCUUCGCCAUCGCCGUCUUCUUCUUCCUCCAGAAUUUCCUUCUCCAGUAACCUCUCCUCCGCCAUUAAGCUCCGCAUUUCCUUCUCCGCCCCUCUCCUUUCGCUCGCUCCUCCCUCUCUCUCGCGAGAUCGCGGCCGAUUAUGCUCUGCGGUUCAGGAGGUCAGUUUGGAGGAAGCCUCUGAGCAAAACCAGAAGAAAAAGCUUUACAUCUUCAACUUGCCUUGGUCUUUCUCUGUCGUCGAAAUCAAGGAGCUGUUCGGACAAUGCGGCACUGUCACUGAUGUUGAGAUUAUAAAGCAGAAAAAUGGAAGAAGUAGGGGCUUUGCCUUCCUCACAAUGGCUUCGCCAGAAGAAGCUCAAGCCGCCAUUGAGAAAUUCGACUCUCAAGAGAUAUCAGGAAGAGUUAUAAAGGUAGAGUUUGCAAAGAGAUUGAAGAAACCUCCUCCUCCAAGGCCUCCAGGUCCCCCUCCUGGAGAGACAGUGAAUAAGCUUUAUGUAUCAAAUCUUGCAUGGAAAGUAAGAUCCAACAAUCUCAGAGAAUUCUUUUCUCAAAGCUGUAACCCAACUGCAGGCAGGGUUGUAUUUGAUAGCCUCUCUGGAAGAUCGGCUGGAUAUGGGUUUGUUUCUUUCGCAACUCGGGAGGAAGCAGAAACUGCACUUUCUUCAUUGGAGGGAAAGGAAUUGAUGGGAAGACCACUUCGCCUGAAAUUUAGUGAAAGAAGUGUCAAAGAAUCAGAAGAAGCAACAAAAGAAGACAUCGUUGAAAGCCAAACGGAAGAAUCAUAGAUCCACUCCAAUUCCACAUCACUUGGUAGAGAAUUCAGAGAACAAGAUUUUGAUUGAGAUUCCAACUAUCCUCCUAAGAUUUGCUUGUCAUGUGAUCUGUGUACAUCUUGCAGCUGUUUUUGUAGUAUUACAAUAUCACCUGACACCUGAUAUUUCUCAACCAAGAGUCUCAAACAAAAUCUUCUCUUGGCGCUGCAUAAUAUCAAUUGUGUUAUUUUUAUGUUUC